GAUGUGCCAGCAUACCUGGCCACCUCUCCACUACCAUCACAGGAGGACUUGAUGGAGCAAGGAGUCAAGGAAAUGAAAAAGAAGUAUUUUGAUCAAGAUGAUAAUGUCCUCUCUUCAAAGAUCAGCGAUGUCCGAAUCAAGAUGGAAGAUCCUGAAGGUCACCAAGUAGAGUCCAAAGAAAAUCACAGCAAGCGCCGGAAAAAAAGACGUGUUCUGAAAAAGAGACUGAUACCUUCUGGCAAUUCUGAGACUGACAUAAAAUCAUCUCAGGAGGAAACUGAUCUUCCAAUGUUUGAUAUCGAUGACGUUUCUUCCGAUGAGGAGUUAGCCAAUUUGCCUCCCAUGCCGCCUCUGGGCUCCUUGGGGAAAUCUGUGAGUCUGCCAAUCAUGGAAGAGAACAGUUUACAGAGGACAAGUGACUGGGCCAGAACACAAUACAACACCUAUAGCUAUCUCCAUCCAUUUAGUGACACCGAUAUGUCACCUAUUAACAGUCCUGCCAGUACACGUCCGCCAUCUCCUAAAAGUGACACAGAGGUCCAACUACGUCAUCAGGAGGAGGAGUUGUUAUUUUCAGAGGAGGACAACACAAUGUGGGAAUGGGGAGACCUGCCAAGGAAAAGUACGGACGAUUCAACGGUAGUACCGAGCGAUCUCCAGACCCCUGGACAUCUUGGUCCAAAUAGGGAGGGAACCUCACGAAGCAAUGCUGCAGAGACCUCGGGAGGUCUGUUUCAGUUUAUGAGGAAGACAAAGGCGGUCCGACACAAACCUGAGGAGGAAGGCAUAUACCUGGACGACCUUAAGUUAGAGGAAAUGGAUCCAGAAGUUGCCAAACUUUACUUUCCUAAACGAAUGUCGAAACAUUUUCACCAGUCACCAUUUAUGUCGAUCAAGGAUACGGAAGAAGAUACAGAGUCUGGCAGGGGAGCAUCACUUCCUGUUUCACCAAAUUCUGUAGAGGGUGCAAUUGGCGGUCCCUCUGUCAGCUUCCUGCAGUCAGAAGUGAAGCAUUUAGGGAACUUUUCCAUGUCAUUAUGUGGAGGGCUGUCAGAUCCUGAUGGAGUUACACUAGAGAAAUUCAUGCAGCACGUUAUCACUUUUGAUGACCUCUGUGAAAACUACAAUAUGAUUUCCAAUCCGGAAUUAGUCAUUCGCAUUAGCGAGAA